UAAAAAGACCGUGGAGCGGUUUUGGUCACAAGAAAAGCAGGAGUUUGGGCUCUCGAUAGCUUCAGUAAAAAUACUCCGAGGAACAUUAUUUGGCAAAGAAGAGUAAACCGUACAAUAAUUUCCAUUCGAUUAACUCAAGUGAAUUUCUGAACAGCUGGACAACAUACGAGUUUGUUAUUUUACUAAGCUCCCCGGAAAAGAAUAUUAUCGGAGAAUGGAGUGGUAUGCCCUGGUGUUGGUACUGAGUUUGGCAUCUUCAGCACAAGGAGAUUGUUCUUCCCAGUGUGUGAUCUGCGCUCAACAGAAUUCAAACGUAGAUAUUCCAGUCAACAGCAUGACUUGCACUUUAGAGUGUGAAGGUGUAUUUUCAUCCACCGUAGAAUUAGACAAAUGCGAGAAAGCUCUGCAUUUAUAUGCUGAUGGUUAUAAUGGGUUCGCUAACGAAGAAGAAAACGCGCCGAACAGCGUAGAGAAAGGAUUAGAAUCGUCAGUUGGCAACCUUGUGAAGCGAUAUGGUGGAUUCAUCAAAAGAAUUGAUAAAAACAAAAUGUUCAAUUAUCCAUCACGUGAAAAUGCUCAAUUCAAAGACUUACUCGCCAAGAAAUACGGAAGUCUAUCACGAAAAUUUGGGGAAAGAGAUGUCCCGGAACUUUCCCAGGACGUCCAACGUGGAGAUUCAACCACAGAAAACGAUACGGAGGUCUACAGCGACGACGCGCCGAUCAAUGAGGUUAAGCGAUACGGGGGGUUUUUAAGGAAAUUAGUCCCCAAACGAAGCGAGUCUGGAGUAGAAAAUGACCAAGAAGGGUUACAAAAGAGGUACGGAGGCUUCAUGCGCAGGAUCCGACCAAAUCUGAAGUGGGAAAACCAGAAAAGGUACGGAGGCUUUCUUAGGCGUCAUUUCAAAAUAUCAGUCCGAUCAGAAGAGGAGCCCAGCUCGUAUGAUGGCUUUGACCUAUAGAUUGUUACCCACAAUUAUGGAACUUCUGCAGGUGCACUGGAUAUCUCAGUAUUGUUGGUUGAUUUGUAUUUGUGUAUUUUGCUUACAACACCAAGUCACCAUGAGGUCCAUGCUGGACACCUAACCGUAUAACCUAAUCAAAUCUGCUUGUGCCAGUCCUGCUUUAGCGUAUUCUGACUACAAUGUGACACCUUUUUCGUGUCUGUAAGCCAAAAUAUUAUUUAAUAUUGCCAGUCAUGCUUGUUUCUUAAAAAUAAAUGCAAUUAAGUUAUA